AUGCAUAUCAUGAAUAAUGACUCUUCUUCUUCUACUAGUGAAUGUGCACUACAAGUUGUUGAUCAAAAACAUCUUGCAGUGAUAGAACCACAAGGCUCUAAUGUUCCUGCACCGAUUGUUUCAUCUUUCAAUGAUAGAAUUCGACCACUCCUCGACUGUGUUGACAAGCUUCGACAUCUUAACAUAAUGCAAGAAGGCAUCCAAUUGCCUACUAUUGUGGUGGUUGGUGAUCAGUCUUCUGGAAAGUCUAGUGUUCUUGAAUCACUUGCCGGAAUCAGUCUACCUAGAGGACAAGGCAUUUGCACUAGAGUGCCUCUCAUCAUGAGGCUCCAAAAUCAUAAUGAGACAGAGUUACACUUGGAGUAUAAUGGAAAGUUAGUUCCAACUGAUGAAGUUCACAUUGCGGAGGCGAUUGUUCUUGCAACUAAUGAGAUUGCUGGACAUGGUAAGGGAAUAUCAAACAUCCCUUUAUCACUCAUAGUGAAAAAGAAUGGCGUUCCUGACUUGACUAUGGUGGAUUUGCCUGGAAUUACUAGAGUUCCUGUUCACGGACAACCAGACGAUAUCUUUGAACAAAUUUCAGAUAUUAUUAUGAAAUAUAUAACACCUGAAGAAAGCAUAAUUUUGAAUGUUUUAUCAGCUACUGUUGAUUUCCCUACUUGUGAGUCUAUUCGGAUGUCGCAGAAGGUGGACAAAACCGGGGAGAGGACUAUAGCUGUUGUGACAAAAGUUGAUAAAGCUCCUGAAGGGCUACUUGAAAAAGUUACAUCAAAUGAUGUUAAUAUAGGACUUGGCUAUGUUUGUGUUAAGAACAGAACUGGGAAUAAGUCUUACGAUGAAGCUCGUAGUGAGGAGGCUAGGCUUUUCCAAACUCAUGCACUAUUAUCAAAGAUUGAUAAGUCAAUGGUUAGUGUUCCUGUUCUGGCACAUAAGUUGGUGCAUAUUCAAGCAAACAUCAUUUCCAAAUGUUUGCCAGAUAUUGUGAGGAAGAUUAACGACAAACUCACUGUUAAUGUUGCUGCUCUCAACAAGUUACCACAACAUUUGAGUUCUGUUGCUGAAGCAUUGACAAUGUUCAUGCGUAUUCUGAGUUCCACCAAGGAGUCUCUAAAGAAAAUAUUUCUUAGAGGGGAGUUUGAUGAGUAUGCUGAAGAUCUUGAAAUGCAUUGCACUGCUAGAUUAGCUGAGAUGCUCAACGAGUACGCUGUUGAGCUACAUUCAAAGAGCAUUGAAAAAAAGGAAGAUUUCUUGAUGGAUGAGAUCAUGUCUUUAACAGAAGCAAAUGGGAUCGGAUUACCAAAUUUCCUCCCUCGUGCUGUUUUUCUGAAUGUUUUACAGAAAAAGGUCAGUGGGAUUUCAGCAACUCCUGAGGUGUUCGCGGGGAAAUUGUGGAACUAUAUAGAGACAGUUGUCAUCAAAGUUUUGAUGCAUCAUUUCUGUAACUACCAACAACUUCAGUCUUCCACUAGGUGCGCGGUGCAAAAUUUGACUGCCAAGAGGAAGGAUGAAUCGAUUAAUUGGGUCCGAGAAAUCAUUGAGAUGGAAAGGCUGACGGAUUACACUUAUAAUCCUGAGUAUGUUGGAACUUGUAGUAGGCUCAUGGCUCAGCAAAAACCAUUUAUGGAGAUUAUGAAUGAUUCUAACAAGCGCUCGAUAAUAAACCUCGAGGGAAUUGGAGAAGUUGAUGUUGGGAGUUUGAGGAAGCAUAAGGAUGUUGUUCAGCAAGCUUUUGAAUUGAAGAUGAGGAUGAUUGCAUACUGGAAAAUCGUGUUGAUGAGAUUGGUCCAUCAUAUGGCACUGUAUACAAUGUUUAAUCUUCAAAAGAUGGUUAAUUAUGAGAUUGAGGAGGAGAUUGUUAAUGAACUUAUGGCAUCCCAUGGUGGUGGCAUUGAGAGAAUGCUGGAAGAAUCACCUUUGGUUUUGGAGAAACGCCUUAGGCUGAAAAAGAGUGUGAAGCUGCUUAAGGAGUCGAAAGAUGUGGUGGCGAAAAUUAUGGACAGGAUUGCUCUUCACAUUGAUGGGGAAAAGGCGUAA